AUGGCGAUAGUCAUGAGAAGUCACCGGAGCAAAGACAUGAGUCGUGGCUGUAGUCAGAGAGGAAGAAGGGGAAGUCGCCGGAGCAAAGACAUGAGUCGUGGCUGUAGUCAGAAAGGAAGAAGGGGAAGUCGCCGGAGUAAUAUCAAGAUAUGCCAAGGGAGUCGCAAUGGUCCGAGAGGAAACACGGUGAAGUUGCCAGAAAAUGCUCAUGGGAUUUCGAAAGAUACGGAAUGGUGGGAUGGAAAACAGGGGAACUUGCAGGAGCGAAAACCAGGGGAUUUUAAGGGAGUUGCAGUAGUCGGAGAGGAAACAUGGGAAGUUGCCAAAGUCAAAACAGCGAAUUUUGCAGGACUGCAAUGGUCGGAGUCGGAGAAGAAACAUAAGUUUUUAGCUGGAGACUUCGCAGGGGAAGUUUGCUUCGUCGGUGUAUGUAAAGUGGGCGUUUGA